AUGUUCAUUAUUCAAUCGACCUCAAGAACGCUACGACAAAACAAAUUUAUCCGUCCAGACGUGAUGAAAACCUCCUCUCUCUGGUUUUUUAUCGCAGUACUACUUGCUGUUGCAGCGGUAUGUUCAGAUGCGCAAAACAUGCGUCUAUCACCGAAUACCACGAUUGCUAAUGUAACAGAAGCUUCGGAGCAGAUAGCGAUAGCAGCUUGCGGCCCGCGUAUUCGAAAGCCAUGGGAGCUAUUGCUUCCAGCUGAAAAAGAACUUUAUUUGCGAGCGAUUGCGAUGUCAAUGGACGACGGCUACUACAUAAAGUUUGUGGAGAUUCAUACGGAGCAAAUGACGACGGCUGAAGCCCACAACACUUGCAUGUUCGUUUACUGGCAUCGCUUGCUGCUUUUGGGCUUUGAAAACAUGUUACGAAGCUACGGCGGCGAGUUCUCUUGUAUCACUGUGCCAUAUUGGAAUUAUGUCGACGAUACUCAACGCUAUUUGAUGGGAGGAUGUAGAAGCAUGGAGGAGUGUUCGCUCCUGCUGCGCGAAUUUGGUGGAUCGGUGAACGGAAUUAGCCGCUCCGUCUCGAUAAAUGGAUCACCAAUUGACGGAACGUGCGUCAUAACUCCACCCCUCGAUCACUUUUGCGAAGCCACUCAUCUUCAAGGAGGCAAUUGUGCUCGAUGUGUUCCACGCGGAGACUGGUUACGCUCGCCUUUUCCACCGACUACAUCUGUAAGCUCACUCGCACGUCAACUCUUCGCAACGCCAACUAUCGCUGGUGUGGUAGCCAAUCUGGAGCUGGGUGUCCACAAUACGGUUCACAGUACUCUCGGUGGAGCAAUGGGCGUAUUAGAAGCACCGGCCGAUCCAAUCUUUUUUUCACACCAUGCCACUAUCGACCUUCUGCACUCCAUCUUUUACAAAUGUGUCGUGGGCAACACCGUACCGAUUGCGAUGGCAGAAAAACUGACCGAUCCCAGAGUGUAUACGCAGUGUCCGCGUCGCCGGCCUCUUCCAGUGAAUACAAUUGACCAAAGCAUCUUGUAUCCGCAGUCAAACAUAUUGCUUCGCACUGGUGAAGAAGGAAUAGAUCCCAUUUCCGUGUUCUCGCAAUUCAACAUGCUCGCCCCAUUCUUUUCGUCUCUUCCCUCAUCAUACCUGAGUUUCUCGGAUAUUCGCGAUAUCGGUGUUUUCAGCUACAACUACGAGAUGACUGGGUUGCUGGCCGAACUCUAUACGUCUUGUCCAGGUACGAGCCUCAGACCCAGCAAUACAGGAGCUGGUGUGCCUUUCCGUCAGCUUGAAAGCUCCAGCAAUACCACGGAAGAAAAAAACAAAUUUGUAGAGGCUGUCAUUGUGCCCAGCAACAGAACCGCGGGCAAUUGGUUUAUUGAAGCGCUAGCAGUUGCCUCGAACAAAUCUGCAUUCGAGUCAGCAGUUGUCAAUUCCUCCAAAAAUUCAAUUGAUGCAAUUGCAGAUGUUGAAAAGAUGACUUGCGUAUUCUUCGAUGAAUGUCGAGGUGGAGUGCACGAUUAUAGCGAUCAAUUCCGCAAGAGCUUUCACCAAAAUGCAUCGUCACCGUGCACCACCAUUCUCGCGAAUAUUAAGAGCGGUCGGGAUCACAUUCGAACGCCUAAUUGGCGCUCUAUUUUUCUCCGUCACAUGAAGUGCGACUUGAAUUGA